CUCUGAAAAGUUUGAUGCAUCAAACCUAAACGCACAUGCGCAAGAGUUGUGCGCAUGCACAGUACAGAGCACUAAAAUCUCGCGAUAAAUCUCGCACGAGGAAGCAUUCGGUUCCAUGUGCGCUUGUCCGGGAGGUGUGUGUGUGUUAGUGUUAUAGAGCUCAUAGAAAGUUUUGUAGAAAUAUUACUGCAUUUAUUUUGGGACCGUUCGAGCUUUGAGCAUGGCGACAUACCGGAAGAAGGUUGAUAAUCGGAUUCGUGUUCAGAUCGAGAACGGAGUCGCGCUGAAGCAUCGUACGAUGUUUGUGAUUGUUGGUGAUCAAGGCAGAGACCAGGUUCUGAUCCUCCAUCACAUGCUCUCCAAGGCCGCUGUACGCGCACGACCGUCGGUCCUGUGGUGCUACAAGCACGAGCUCGGCUUCAGCAGUAACCGGAAGAAAAGAAUGAGGCAGCUGCAGAAAAAGAUCAAAACUGGAACUCUGAACCUUAAACAGGACGAUCCGUUCGAGCUUUUCGUCGCGGCCACUAAUAUCCGUUACUGCUACUACAAUGAAACCCAUAAAAUCCUUGGCAACACCUAUGGCAUGUGUGUUCUUCAAGAUUUCGAGGCUAUAACUCCAAACCUUCUGGCUCGAACCGUUGAAACGGUAGAAGGCGGUGGUAUCGUGGUCAUAUUGCUGAGGAGCAUGAACUCACUCAAGCAGCUUUACACGAUGGCGAUGGACGUGCAUUCACGCUACAGGACGGAGGCACAUCAGGAUGUUGUGGGAAGGUUCAAUGAACGGUUCAUACUUUCUCUGUCCUCCUGCAAGACCUGUAUAGUAACCGAUGAUCAACUCAAUGUUCUGCCGAUCUCCAAACAUAACGCGAACAUCAAACCCGUGCCGCCUAAAACGCAAGACGAAGCUCUGCCGCCGCACGAGCAGGAACUCAAGGACUUAAAAGAAUCGUUGCAUGACACACCGUCAGUGGGAACUUUAGUGGAAUGCUGUAAAACCAUGGAUCAGGCCAAAGCUGUGUUGAAGUUCAUUGAAGCGAUUUCGGAAAAGACUCUACGGAGCACAGUAGCGCUCACCGCUGCCAGAGGACGUGGCAAGUCUGCAGCACUUGGAUUAGCUAUUGCUGGGGCUGUUUCGUUUGGCUAUUCCAACAUUUUUGUUACGUCACCCAGCCCGGACAAUUUGCACACAUUGUUUGAGUUCAUAUUCAAAGGCUUGGAUGUGCUUCACUACCAGGAACAUCUGGAUUAUGAAAUCGUCCAGUCUUUGAACCCGGAGUUUAAUAAAGCCGUGGUCAGAGUUAACAUCUUCAAGGAACAUCGCCAGACCAUUCAGUACAUCCACCCUGCCGACGCUGUCAAGUUAGGUCAGGCAGAGUUGGUGGUCAUUGAUGAGGCUGCUGCUAUCCCUUUGCCGCUGGUGAAAAACCUGCUUGGGCCUUAUCUUGUGUUCAUGUCUUCUACGAUCAACGGGUACGAGGGUACAGGACGCUCUCUUUCCCUCAAGCUGAUUCAGCAGCUGCGGCAGCAAAGUGUAGAAAGCCAGCAGAGUCUCUCAGCUGAAAACCAGGCCAGAAGUACGGCCAGAAUGGCUUCUGCACGCACGCUCCAUGAGGUUUCUCUCCAAGAGUCUAUUCGAUAUGCACAGGGAGAUCCUGUUGAGAAAUGGUUGAAUGAACUUCUGUGUCUGGACUGCAUGAGUGUGCCACGCAUCAUUUCAGGCUGUCCACUGCCUGAAACUUGCGAGCUGUAUUACGUGAACCGUGACACACUGUUCUGUUACCACAAAGCAUCCGAAGCCUUCCUCCAGCGUCUCAUGGCACUCUACGUAGCGUCUCACUAUAAGAACUCUCCCAAUGAUUUGCAGAUGCUCUCAGAUGCUCCAGCUCAUCAUCUUUUCUGUUUGCUGCCCCCUGUUCCACACACACACAACUCUCUGCCUGAGGUCCUUGCAGUUGUGCAGGUUUGUUUGGAGGGGGAGAUUUCCCAGCAAUCCAUCCUCAACAGCUUGUCAAGAGGGAAGAAGGCUUCUGGAGACCUCAUCCCUUGGACUGUAUCGGAACAAUUUCAAGAUUCUACGUUCGGGAGUCUCUCUGGUGGAAGGGUGGUGCGAAUCGCUGUGAACCCUGACUACCAGGGGAUGGGUUAUGGGACCAGAACGGUGCAGCUCCUGCAGCAGUACUACCAGGGACAGUUUGCUCUCUUGGAUGACAAGCAGCCAACCCCAGUUGCAUUCAACUCUGUCAGCAGUGAGUCCAUGAGUCUCUUAGAAGAGGUUGUGUCGCCUCGAAAGGAUCUGCCACCCCUCUUGUUGAAGCUGAAUGAGAGGCCUGCUGAGAGACUGGAUUACUUGGGUGUGUCUUAUGGCCUCACAGCCCAGCUGCUGAAAUUCUGGAAAAAGGCUGGAUUUGUGCCAGUGUAUUUAAGACAAACGCAAAAUGACCUGACAGGGGAGCACUCAUGUGUAAUGCUGAAGGAACUGAACACAGAGGAUUCAGCAGAACAGAAUCUGUGGCUGCCGGCAUUCUGGAAAGAUUUCCGCCGGCGAUUCCUCUCACUUCUCUCCUACCAGUUUAGCAGUUUCAGCCCCACGUUAGCAUUAAACAUCCUGCAGAACAAAAACAUCAAGGAAGACAAUCCAACUAAACUAACGGUUACGGAACUAACCGCCAAGUUCACUGCAUAUGAUCUGAGUCGUUUGGAAAUGUAUUCCCGAAACAUGGUUGACUACCACCUGAUUAUGGACAUGGUGCCUGCCAUAGCACAGAUGUUCUUCCUCAAACAACUGGGAGAUCUUUCGCUGUCUGCUGCACAGUCUGCUCUGCUCUUGGGAAUUGGUUUGCAGCACAAAUCUAUAGAUAAUUUAGAGAAAGAGAUAAAGCUGCCCAGCUCUCAGCUCAUGGGCCUGUUCAACCGGCUCAUGCGUAAAGUAGUCCAGUUGUUCAACGCCACUCAGGAGAAGGCGGUCGAGGCAGAGAUGGCCCCCGUUAAAGACAUUAACAUGGAGCCGACAUCCGAGGCGCUGCACAAAGAACUGGACGAGGCUGCCAAAGCGUUUGAGGAGAAACACAAGGAAGACAUGAAGAAGAUUAAGGAUAUGGAUCUUACUCAAUACAUGAUUCGAGGUGACGAUGAAGAGUGGACUCAAGUGCUAAAGAAAGCUGGCCAAACUGCAAUAGUAAGCAUCAAGAGUGAUAAGAAGCGCAAGAUGGAAGGGCCAACCAAGAAGGAGUGGGAGGGCAAGAAGAUGAAGAAAAGUAACAAAAUAAAGGGAAAAUUUUCAAAAAAGAAAUAAUUACUAGACAAGAUGUCCAGCCCUAUUUUUAUUUUUUUCUUUCCCCCACGAUUAGUUUUUACUGGACUGUGCAUCACUUUUUUUUAUCACUUAAUAAUCUCAGCUUUCAAAAUGUAUUCAUUAUUUUCUAAAUUACACUUUUUUUUUUAACAAAACUAUCUAUAGCUCAUUUCCCCAUGUGAAGAUCAUUACUGAACGAAGCGUUUUUUUUGUUUUUUUAUUAAUUACUGUUUGCAGAUUUUUGUUUAAGAAUUUCAAAGUUUAAACUGUAACCUAAAUAAAUCAUAACAGCUGAUUUAAAAUUUGGGUUUAAGAAGGUGCUUUUUUUCUUUCACUUUUGUUACCAUCUAUAUGUUAGUGGAAAUCUUUGGAUCUCUGGUGUGGAGUUACAGUGCAUGCUCUCCAAGUGGGUUUCGUUCCAUUUCUUUAAAAUAUGCUGCACUGACUUAAGAGAUGUGGUGUGUUGUUUCCAGGAAAUUCUCCAGACGUGACACGACCCUGACCAGGAGAAAGCGCUUCCUGAAGAUGAAUAAAUGUAUGAACAAGCCACAAAAGAGAAAGUGCUGCUUUGAAAUGCAAUAUAUUAAAUUACCAGAUGUAACUUUUUUUUUCAAAUUCCACAUAAAAUAUUACAUAAUUGUAUACAAAAGUAAGUACACCUUGUUUGGCUGAUGUAGUUAUACAGAAAGAACAAGAUGCACCUGAGAAAAAAUAGGACAUAUUAUAGGACAAGGAUCUGCUUAACAAUGCAGGAAUUUAAACCUGCAACCUUGUGAAAAGCAAUACAAUGCCUUAUCCACUGAACUGUCACUACCACUGUGUUGACUUUGUUGAUGUGUGAAUCAGAUGAUUCAACUACAUGCUAUUUUUACUGUGCUGUAAUUAAUCAGGAUAUUUUUUAAUGAUUGGUAAUAUGUGAAAUUUCGCAUGUGUGUCUAUGUAUGUACGAUAACAUGCAUAUAUAUUUUUUAUGGUUUCAUUUUGUGUUUUGGAUUUAGUCGCCAUAAAUCAAUUUUUUUCUCAUUCCUGUUUUAUUUGCUGUACUACAUUGUGUCAUAAAGAGGUGGUAUUA